CCCCACCCUAACAACAUCCGGGUUGUUACCCUACUUAGUGGUGUUUGCGAUGGUAGCGUUUUUUUAGUACUGAUAGCAAUUAUUCAUGACGAAAUGUUCAAUACGAUCAUUUGAUUGAAUAAAGGGGAAAAUAACGUCAAGGAAGAGGCUUUGUGGAAGGGUGAACGACGUGGAUAUGCUUAUUGUGCAGAUGUUAUUGAGACGCCCCAAGUCUAACCACAAUGAGUAGCAACAGCCAUCCUUUGCGUCCACUGGCCUCCGUGUCAGAGAUUGACCACAUACAUCUACUCUCCGAGCAGCUGGGUGCUUUGGUUCCAGGUGAAGAGUACAGUGAUGUCACCUUCAUUGUGGAGGAGAAACGAUUUCCGGCCCAUAGGGUCAUCUUGGCAGCACGCUGUCACUACUUCAGGUACAGCUGUUUUGGGUGGUUGUAAAAUCUUUUUGGUAUCUCAGAUUGUUCUGGCAAUUCUCACAUAGGGACUGCAUUGGGAGGAAGGAUUGUUUGACAUGCUUUUUACAUUUGUAUCACAAACCAUUUUUGAGAAAAUCAUGAUGAAAGUGGCCAUUUUACGUCCUUUUUAGGAUUCCUCCUGUAAGACCUUGUGAUCGGUGAACCAUAUAUGAUACAGACAACAUCUUGAUGUCAAUCUACUCUUUAUUGGGUGCUUUAACAUAUGGAGUAUGUCUAGAUUAGAGGUCGACCGAUUAAUCGGCAUGGCCGAUUAAUUAGGGCCGAUUUCAAGUUUUCAUAACAAUCGGUAAUCUGCAUUUUUGGAUGCCGAUUAUGGCCGAUUACAUUGCACUCCACGAGGAGACUGCGUGACCACCUGUUACACGAGUGCAGUAAGGAACCAAGAGCUCUGCUGUAUGGCGGGAUGAAGGAGUCCCAGCCGCAGGCGGAGGUGACCCUGGAGGAGACGCGAGCCGAGGCCUUUUCCAUGCUCCUCAACUACCUUUACACAGGCCGGGCUAGCCUCAGCUCAGCCCGCGAGGAGGUGCUGCUGGACUUCCUGGGUCUGGCCCACCGCUAUGGCCUCCAGCCACUAGAGGACUCUACCUCAGAGUUCCUGCGCACCAUCCUGCAUACACACAAUGUGUGUUUGGUGUUUGACGUGGCCAGCCUGUACUGUCUGAGUGCGCUCAGUGCAGCGUGCUGCGCCUUCAUGGACCGUCGCGCCCCGGAGGUCCUGGCCUCAGACGGCUUCCUCACAUUGUCCAAGACUGCUCUGCUGACCGUGUUACGGAGGGACUCAUUUGCAGCGAGCGAGAAGGAGAUCUUCCAGGCGCUGUGUCAUUGGAGCCGGCAGAACGGCGAGGGAAGUGCCACGCAGGAUGUGAUGGCAGCUGUGCGGCUGCCGCUCAUGAGCCUGACGGAGAUGCUAAACGUGGUGCGUCCCUCGGGACUGCUCAACCCAGACGACCUGCUGGAUGCCAUCAAGACCCGCUCAGAGAGUCGUGACAUGGACCUCAACUACCGCGGCAUGCUCAUCCCAGAGGAGAACAUUGCCACCAUGAAGUACGGGGCCCAGGUGGUGAAGGGAGAGCUGAAAUCAGCUCUGCUGGACGGAGACACCCAGAACUACGACCUGGACCACGGCUUCUCCAGACACCCCAUAGAGGAGGACGGCCGCGCUGGCCUUCAGAUCAAACUGGGCCAGGCCUCUAUCAUCAACCACAUCCGUAUCCUGCUCUGGGACCGGGACAGCCGGUCUUACUCCUACUAUAUUGAAGUGUCCAUGGAUGAGCUGGAUUGGGUGCGGGUUGUGGACCAUUCCAAGUACCUGUGUCGCUCUUGGCAGAACCUCUUCUUUACACCACGUGUGGCUAGGUAUGUGCGCAUUGUGGGGACGCAUAACACUGUCAACAAGGUCUUCCAUCUGGUGGCUUUUGAGUGCAUGUUCACACACCGCUCCUUCACUCUGGAAAAGGGUAUUCUCGUCCCAAAUGAGAAUGUGGCUACCAUCGCGGCCUGUUCCAGUGUCAUCGAGGGUGUUAGUCGGAGCAGAAACGCUCUGCUCAACGGGGACACGCACAACUACGACUGGGACUCGGGCUACACCUGUCACCAGCUGGGCUCUGGGGCCAUUGUCAUUCAACUGGCUCAACCCUACACUAUUGGCUCCUUAAGACUGCUACUGUGGGAUUGUGAUGAGCGAUCCUACAGUUACUACAUUGAGAUCUCCACCAAUCAGCAGCAGUGGACAAAGGUGGUGGACCGCACCAAGGUGCCAUGUCGAUCGUGGCAGACGCUCAAAUUCGACAAGCAGCCUGCCUCUUUUAUUCGCAUCGUGGGAACUAACAACACUGCAAAUGAGGUGUUCCAUUGUGUCCACUUUGAGUGUCCGACCCAGUUGGACACGGAGGUGAAAGAGGGUAGUCUUGGGCAGGCAUCACCUUUUGAGUCCAGUUCAACAUCCCAGAACCCUAGACCCAUGCAGCCAUCCUGCACCCACAGCCUUCUCCCCUCCCAGCCCUCCUCAUCCUCAUCCUCCACUUCCUCACAACCCCACCUCUGAGAGAAAAGGAAAACCCCCAAGAAAACAAUUUUGCACAACCUUUAUCACACAAGAUGCACUGCUAAAAUGCUGCUAAGCAUACAAUUCAUUUUGAUAACAAAAAUAAGCCUCUAACACGUUAACAGAAUCUUACAUCAAUUUCAGGUUUUUAGGGUGCUCAUACAGUCCUCCCUGUCUUAAAUGAUAGACAAUGGUGGGAAAAAGGCUAUGGAUUAAAUUGGUCCAUACAUUUCCUGUGAAGGUAUUAGCCCACAUUUGCUGCCGGUUUAAGGGUACUCAGUUGGCACUCUUCAAAGCCUAGUCAGGCCAGGUGCUAUCCAGCCAGUGGAGACGCAAUCAGUACUGCUCAUCCAAAGAUUAACCAAUGCAAUACCACUAUCAAUGAUUUUCUACUCAUGUUGAAGAAGAAAAAUCAUAGGUGAACAUGGUCAUAUUCACCUAUGCUCAAGGUUUAUAUCCGGGAAAUGAAUUUGAUUCACCCCCCCCCCCCCCCCCCAUUUGGACUUAAAGACUAAUAUUGCAGUCUUGGCUGAGCGGGAACUUCAAUGUUUGGUAAAUUCAUCAGCACUUUGUGGAAAUCGGAGGGAGAAUCUAUGAGCAGCUGAUAUUUGGCACUUUAUUGUUCCCCAUUUACUGUAAGAAAGAUGUUACCUAGGUCUAUUAAGCACUGGGGAAAUGUGCAGUGCUGGUAAUAGCUAUUUCUGUCUAUAGAUUUGUUUUUGUCAUUUUAUUGUUGUCCUCACCUUUGAGGACAACUUUAAUUGCUGCUUGUGCUUACUGCUAAAUGUAGAUAUGAUAUGUAUAUUGUCAAUUAUUUUGUUUGUGGUUUGAUUUGUUAAGUUUUGUGUUGGCUCUACGGUUUAUUUCUCAGUGCCGUGCUUCCUAUUAUCUCUCACCUCUUCCCUCUUUCUUUGUUUUUUGGCUCUUAAUAUUGCUCUCUACUUUUUCAUAUCUCCUUUGUUAUUUUACAAGCUUUCAAGUAGAUUUUAGCAAUCCUUUAGAUACUUUCACAUUGCUGCUAUUGCAUGAGGGCUGAACAUUGACUUAAAGUAAAAUUAAGUAGAAAGCAGAUUACCCUUCUCAUAUCUAUAUAUUUUCCAUUCUCUUUCCUGAAUAGUUUUGAUUGCAAUUUGUUGUAUCAUCUUAGUACAAUAUCAUUACUGUACUAUAUCACCAUUGCUUGGGAUGACUUUUAUCCAUUUUUCUAUAUCACUGCCAUUAACAUACGUUGGGAUAUAUUUUCAGAAGAGGUCUCUUUUGUAGAUGUUGAUAGAGAUUCAGCAGAAAAGUCUCUCAACCUCUUAGUGUUCAAAACAUAUUGAUUGAUUUCUAAAGUCAAGUAGGUUUUGCAUUAGUGAGUGCCAAAGGCUUCUUCAGACUGGUGAUCUCUGCUUAUGGCCAAUGUUAGUGGGCCAAUACAUGUACAUUUUAUUGCAGGCAGUGGCUGCAGGAAACGGCAUUAAAUGUUGUCGGACUCAUUUUGCAGUACUUAUUGUUAGCAACCCUCAUCAAACUUGAAAGACCAAAUGUUUUUUUUUUUAACAUUGCUGAUUUAAUACAGGUUUUAAAUGCACCCUUGUCCAUCCAUCCUCAUGAUACCCUACCAGCUGGCAAUCAAGCUUUUAAACAAUACUGUAUUAAAGAUGUGGAACAAAACAUGUA